AUGCCACUUCCCCAUCCCAUUCUCAUCAUCGGCGCCGGGCUCUCAGGCCUCACAGCUGCCCGCCUCCUUACCAAUGCUGGGAUCCCCUGCAUCGUCUUCGAGGCCUCCCCUCCCUCCCGCAGCCAGGGAUAUGCUAUCUCUCUCCGCGACUGGGGCUUCAAUUCCCUCCUCGCAGCGCUGGGAAACCUGCCACUGUCCAGUUUAACAAAAGCCGUAGCCCCAGACCGACACAUCGGCGGCUGGGGCUGGCUCGACCAAUCCUGGCGAAAUAACCAAACGGGCUCAAUCAUCCUCAUGCCGCCGCGCGAACCGAAAGAGAAGCCGACGAUCCUGCGCGCGAACCGAAAUGCAGUCCGGACUUGGAUCGCAGACUGCGGCGAGGAAGAACUAGACGUUCGAUACGGCCACCAACUUACAAACGUCACUCUCCCAAAGAGCGACGAUGAUGAUAUUGUUGUCGAAUUUUCAAACGGCGCACAAUACCACGGCUGCCUCCUCAUCGCCGCCGACGGCGUACACUCCACCGUCCGCUCUUUGAUAUUGCCAUCCGUAACGCCCGAAAUCGUGCCUGUGCUCGUCUACCACGGGGACUUCAAGCUCAGCCGCGACGAGUACGAGCGCAUAAUCCGGCCACAUAGCGGGGAGUCCACGAUCGUAGCGGGCGUUGGCGACGGCUUCAACACGCCGCUAACAGUAUGCAAUAUCACGAGCACAACGGUGCACAUGGACUGGACGUACUCACGGCCUAGUAUCACGGACAACGACCCGCUGUACAACCCGAACAUCACGUCCGAGGAGGCGAAGGUUAUCCCCGAGGCGCUGGUUGAGGAGAUCAAUGAGAGGAAGCUGGGAGAGCCGUGGUCGCUUUUCUUGAAUGGGGAGGCGAUGAGGGGCCAUCGGGUGUUCAACUGGUUGACGAGGUGUGUGACGAUGGAGAGGGGGGAUGUGGACUCUGUUGCGAAGAAAGGGGUUGUCUUCGUGGGGGAUUCGUGGCAUGCGAUGCCUAUUUUUGGCGGGGAGGGAGGGAACCAUGCGAUUGUUGACGGGAUUGAGUUGGCGAGGGUUUUGGAGGGGGCAGGAGGAGUGGAUGCACGAGGGGCGAUUGGGGCUUAUUACGAUAAGGCUUGGAGACGGUGUCAAGAUGCUGUGAGGAGGUCGAAACAGAGGUUUUAUCAGCUUCAUCGUCCGAUCAGCGAGUGGGAGGAAAUCGCGGAGAAGCAGAAGCGGGUCAGUUAG